CUCCCCGAACCUGCGCUUGACCAAUCACCUGAGGGAAAAUACAUUGAAGGCGGGUUCGACGCUUCCGAUUGGCUGUCCAGCGUAUUGACAUCGUGCAGAAAUGCAGAAAUCAACGGGCUAAAAUCACCUUCAUAUUCGCCAACACGAUGGACAGUUUAUCCCGGCGGCUUCGGGAGACGCUCGUCUCGUAUCACAGUCUGAAUGAAACCGAGUGGAACAUCGCUAAGAAAUCAAAGGAUGUGACCGUUUGGAGGAAACCAUCGGGGGAGUUCAGCGGCUUUCUAUAUAAAGCCGAAGGAACUGUGCCGGAUAACCCGCGCAGGAUCAUCGAGUUCAUGAUUCCCGGACCCCGCAGGAUGGAGUGGGACAGUCUGAUGACGUCACUGGAGAUCGUGGAGACUCUGGACGAGGGCUGCUGUGUUGUGAAGUACUCUACUGCUGGCCAGCUGUGGAACAUCAUCUCUCCACGGGAGUUUGUGGAUUUCUCCUACACCUGUGAUUAUCAGCGCGGCCUGCUGUCCUGCGGCGUGAGCGUGGAGCACUCGGAGCAGACCCCCGGGCUGGUUCGGGGCUUUAAUCACCCGUGUGGCUGGUUCUGUGUGCCGACGGAGGAUCCCGCGGUCAGUCUUCUGACCGGCUUCAUCCAGACGGACCUGAGGGGAAUGAUCCCGCAGAGCGCAGUGGACACGGCCAUGGCUGCGGGACUGGUGCGCUUCUACCGGGAGCUGACACGCGCGCUGGCCGCCGAGCCGUCAUGACACACACACUGAAGACACAGCUGCUCUCCUCAGACACUAAAUAAUCCUCACAGGACACUUAUUUAUUAUUGCACCUCAUAUUUUGUUUUUGUCCGUGUUUACUUUUACUGUUUUACUGGUUAAAUGUUUUACUGGUUAAAUGUGAUUACAAAUAUUGGUAUUUUUCCAUAAAAUUAUGUUUAAAAAAAUCCUAUAAAUCAUCUCUCUCUCUCUCUCUUUGAGCGACACACAAACACAUGUGGACUUUAUUACAAAUAAACAAAUCACAGUUCAUUUGUGUUUCCAUAUUGAC